UUGUUCCAAUCGAAACACGCUCUAUUCCUUUCAUAAUAUCUCAGUUUUUUUUUGAAUAUGUACAAACAAAUUAAUCCUGAAAGUGAUCAUAAACAGUUUUUUUAUUGAUCGAAAAUUUCGAUCCCAAGCCACACCAGCUUAACCCACAUCUUCCAAAACUCAAUUCUUCAUUCUUUUGAUGGACUGAUCAACAAUAAAUCAUGCUCAAAUCCAAAAACCUCAUUGACAGAAUUCUCAAACCCUUCAAGAUUCAAUUCAAUAGAGAGGGAACAAGACAAGAAGACGACUUGGGAAAUAUUGCUGCACAAGAACAGAAGGUAUUCCACUUUGAAACCCUAGUUGCAGCUACCAAGGAUUUCCAGGCCAAUCACAAGCUUGGUGAAGGUGGUUUUGGCCCAGUUUACAAGGGGAAGUUGGGUGAUGGCAGGGAAAUUGCAGUGAAGAAGUUGUCACAGAGCUCAAAUCAGGGGAAGAAAGAGUUUGUGAAUGAGGCAAAGCUGUUGUCCCGUGUGCAGCAUCGAAACGUAGUAAAUUUGUUGGGGUACUGUGUGCAUGGUUCAGAGAAGCUACUAGUGUACGAGUAUGUAGUUAAUGAAAGCCUUGACAAGCUUCUCUUCAGUAAGUUCGGUAUGCUUUGCCUAUUUUUUGUACUUAAUUCUUGUUAGAUUCAGAUUGUGACAGUGAAAUUAACAGAGUAGUAGUAACCAACGAAAAAACUAUUGUAUUUUUGUGAUAUUUCAGAGAUGGGAACUUACAUUCAGCAUUUUAAGAAACCCCAAUUGGUUUUUCUGCUUCCAAUUCUUUGUUAGGUCCUGAAUUGCAAUCUAUGUGGGUGCUAUGUUGGUUAUUUUCAAUUGACAGAUGUAUUAGAUUUGGUGUGUUCAAUUUGGGUUCAUUUCCAGACACCCUAAUCUGACCCUGACCCUGACCCCUACCUCCACAAUGGAAAGUAACAAUAAUAUGGUCUCCCAAGCAAGGGGUCCAUUUCAAAGUUCAUUAACCUGCGUUACUUGUUUAUCCACUGAACUCCUGGGCACUUGUGAUCUUCGAUUUAUGUGUUGUGUUGCACCUAAACAUCCAAUGUUCUUGAUCUAUAUCUAAAUAUUUUCAAAGGAAAAACGUGUCGAAUUGUCUACUCAGUACUGCCAAACUCAAAUAGUUCCAGUCUUCAAUAUGAAAUUCAUGACUUUUCAAACUGUAAAGCAAGAAUUUAAUGUUUUUUGGUUUUGCUUAGUGAAGUGCCUAAGAAUCUUAGUAGCAACCAUUCUCAUGUGGGUGGAUAUGCCUUUUUCACCUGUCUAUCUUGGGAUUUAAUCAACCUCCAAGCAGUUACCUCACUAUUAUUCAGAACCAGUAAAAGGAAGCAGAAGUCAGCCCAUUUUUAGACAGAAAGGCAACAGAACCUGUUUUUUUCUUUUUAAAUAACUUGAUAUGCAUUUUUUUAUAACCACCUGAUAUGCAAUUUUUCUUGUAAAUGUAAGCCCAAAAGUACACUCAAAUACGCGUGACACAUUUGAUUGGAAACAAGAAUAUUAGGCUGUUUGUUGUUACACAUUGCUUGAAGCACAGUUUUUUUAUAGGCAUUUAGUUAUGAAGAUGUGUUUUAUUAAAAAAAUCAAUAGAAAAUGGAAUGUGGAUGUUUUUCCAUAAAAUCAUGAUAGGGUCGAUUGUAAAUUGGAUAAGGAACUGGUACUAUAAAAAAGUAUGAGGAUAUGUCUAUCACUGUGUAUUAGGAAGAUACUAUCCAGCUCUCUUUUUUCUUUUGACAAGUGUGAGAUCUUGUACAAUGUAAAAGGAAAAGAAAGAAGGGUUAUAGCAAUUCUAUGUAAAAUGCUCUUCACCCUAUGGCCUUGGCCAUCCUCUUUCAAGAGAUGUAUGUCACAAGCAAUCUAGUCUGCUUAAUAUUUGUUUUUUAACCAUUUCCAAAGCAAUCUUGGUGGUAAGCCACCCCCAUUUUCAACACAGCAGUUAGCUACC